CCUUAUCAAUGCAAACAGUGUGGGCAUUGCUUUAGAGAAGCUGCUAACCUAAGGAAUCAUGAGCGGAUCCACAUUGGAGAGAAGCCUUAUGAAUGUAAACAGUGUGGCAAGUCUUUUAGCCAAACAGAAAACUUAAAGAGUCAUGAAAGGGUUCAUACUGGGGAAAAGCCUUAUAAAUGUAAAAAGUGUGGAAAGUGUUUUGGCCGAGCGGGAGACCUCAACAAACAUAAAAGAACACAUAACAAAGAGAAGCCUUAUCAGUGCAAACAAUGUGGCAAGUGUUUUAGCGAAGCAGGGAGCCUAAGAUGUCAUGAAAGAGUCCACACUGGCGAAAAACCUUAUGAAUGCAAACAGUGUGGCAAGUGUUUUAGCAUAGUAGGAAACCUAAGAAGACAUGAAAAAUUCCAUAGUGGAGAGAGGCCUUAUCAAUGCAAACAGUGUGGCCAUUGCUUUAGAGAAGCUGCUAACCUAAGGAGUCAUGAGCUGAUCCACACUGGAGAGAAGCCUUAUGAAUGCAAAAAGUGUGGCAAGUGUUUUAGACAUUCAGGAAGCCUUAGGAAUCAUAAAAGGAUCCACACUGGAGAAAAGCCUUAUGAAUGUAAACAGUGUGGAAUGUGUUUCAGCCAGUUAAGUGGCCUUAGGGAGCAUGACAGGGUUCACACUGGAGAGAAGCCUUAUGAAUGCAAAAAGUGUGGAAAGUGUUUUGGCCGAGCAGCAGACCUCAGAAGACAUAAAAGAGGGCAUAACAAAGAGAAGCCUUUUCAGUGUAAACAGUGUGGCAAGUGUUUCAGUGAAUCAUGGUAUGUAGUUGUCCAUGAAAGGGUACACACUGGAGAAAAGCCUUAUGAAUGUAAAGAGUGUGGCAAGUGUUUCAGAGAAUCAAGUUUCCUUAGAAAUCAUGAGAAGGUUCACACUGGAGAAAAGCCCUAUUGUUGUAAAACGUGUGGCAAGUAUUUUAGUCUACUAGGAAACCUUAGAAGACAUGAAAGAGUGCAUAAUGGUGAGAAGCCUUUUCAGUGCAAACAAUGUGGCAAGUGUUUUAGCAAUGCAGGAAGCCUAAGAUAUCAUGACAGAGUCCACUCUGGAGAAAAACCUUAUGAAUGCAAACAGUGUGGCAAGCGUUUCAGAACAUCAAAUCACCUUAGGCAGCACGACAUGGUACACUCUGGGGAAAAGCCCUAUUGUUGUAAAACGUGUGGCAAGUGUUUUAGUCUAGCAGGCAACCUGAGAACACAUCGAAAAAGAGUUCAUAGUGGAGAGAAACGCUAUCAGUGCAAACAGUGCAACAAGUUUUUUAGUGUAGUAUCAUCUUUAAGAGCCCAUGAAAAAGUUCACACUUGUGAAAAGCCCUUUGAAUGUAAACAGUGUGGCAAGUGUUUUAGUUUAGCAGGAAACCUAAGGAGGCAUGAAAAAGUCCACACUGGGGAAAAGCCUUAUGAAUGUGAUCAGUGUGACAAGUGUUUUAGCGAUUCAAGUCACCUAAAGAGACACAAAAGAGUUCAUGCUGGAGAGAAGCCUCAUCAAUGUAAACAGUGUAAUAAGUCCUUUAGGCGACCAGAACACUUAAGGGCACAUGAAAUAAUCCACUAUGGAAGACCAUUUGACUGUAAACAGUGUGGUAAGAUUUUUAGGUAUGCUUCCUCUUUGAAAAAGCAUACAUGUAAGGGAGUCCAAACUGGGGGAACACGUUAUCAGUGCAAGCUGUGCACUUGUAUCUUCAGCUGUGCUGGGGACUUAGUGGAACAUGGCAAGAUCCAUAAGAAAAACAAGCUGCCUGACAGCACUAUCAAUCUACGGACACGCCGGAUAGCAAGUGGUUCAACAAAUUAUGACAGUGAAAAUCAACUAUCUGUAUCUGCUGCAGGGUGCUCUGAGUCAAGCCAAGUUGAAAAACACAGCUGUUGGAUUUGUCAGGAGGAGAUGAGCAGUGAGGCACUACUUCUUGAACAUUAUCAAAAUCAUAUGAGAUAUGUUACCGAGGACACUUAA